GCGUCGUCUUAUCUUUAGCCGGAGGCCGGAGCAAUGUCCAGAGGGCCGGGCCGUCUGAUAGAUAACGUGAAGAAGUUAGCCGACACGCAGUACAAAGAAUUCACAGCUCGGUAUGGCGACCAAUUGGUGGACAUUUUCGAGUUCCCCAUUAAGCUUGUGCUGUCCCCUUUCACCCUCGCCUUUGACAUCGUUGGCUCCGCUCCCCGUGGGUUCGGCGUCCCUGAACUCAUCUCCAAGCUCUCUUAUGCUUCCGUCUUCGCUGUGGCUACACUUGGAACCUAUGAUAUUGCUUUGGAGUUGGGAAAGAAGGUUAUAUGUCAGAGGAACUGUCGAACUUGCAAUGGUUGGCAGGCAUUGCGGUGUACCAUGUGUAGAGGAUCAGGAAGCGUGCAGUACCAAGUGAAAAAUUACUCCUUGAGAAGAGGGGAGAAGCCCACUGCUGAAUGUAUUGCAGAUGCAAUUUCUGAAAAUCGUGCUGAAGUAAUGCAUUUUCCAGCUGCCAUAAAUUCCAAUAUGCCUUUGCCAUCUAAAGACUGUCCAGACUGUGAUGGCACGGGUGUAAUGGGGUGUCCGGAAUGCAAAGAUAAAUUACAAGUCAGGAUCUCUGCGGAUGAUAUUAUGGAGCCACCAUGGAAAGCAUAUAAUGUUCUGCGCAAGAUGGACUAUCCUUAUGAGCAUAUCCGUGACAGCAUGAAAGAUCCUAGCAUUGCUGCAUUUUGGUUGUUUACCUUCCCCCAGGUUGUGGGUGGGUUGAAUUAUGAUGAUGACAUCAAAAAGAAAAUUUGGUGGCAGUACGAGGAAUCAUUUCGGUAUGAUAAACUACGCGAUAUCGUGGCUAAGCGAGCUCCUGGCUGGGAAUUAUUACAGGAAGCCUUGACCACGAUAGACCCUAUUCGAGCCAGGGAAGAUCCAGUUAUUGUGAAAAAUCUUCCACACUACAGGGCCAAGAAGGCAUUAAAGGCUGAGGUCAUGAAACUUGAUCCACCACCACGGCCAGAAAAGUGGGGAGAGCUUGACCUGCCACUGAAUUCAUCAUCCUGGACUGAGGAAGAUCUUAAAAAGCCAGAAAAGUUCUAUGAGAUGACUGUUCUCCUUAAUGCACAAAGAGAAAUGGCUGAUAAAAUGUUGGAUGCACAAUGGGAAGCUAAAUGGCGACAGGAAAAGUUGAACCAAAUGCUGGAGGAGAAGGUGCAACCAUACCUCAAGGACGCGGACAAUGGCAUCCUCUCGCAACCAAUUGUUGUACAACCACAAAAACAGCAUAUAGAGAGGAAGAGGCGAAAGAGAUGGUGGAUUUUCUGAAGUCGGCAUCUCAUUCGUACGUAAGUGGUGUCAUCAUAGAGCCAAUGACGUGAGAAACGAGACACAGUAUCCUCUUCUUCCUGUCUCUGCAUAUCAGGCUCCAGCAGCUUUUGAUAAAUACGUAGAGAUAACGCUCCUGCAGCAUGCAAAGCCAAUGACCAGUGUUUGCAAUGGUCGACUAGUUACUCUGAUGUAUAUGGAAAGAGAACACCAUUGAUCUUUGCAUCGAGCAAGCUGCGUGUAAAAACCAAACGCCAGUCCAUCUCCUUCUCGAGUUGUAUGUUCUGUUCGAUUUAAGAACAAGUUUGUUUUACGAGGAAUAUUGAUGCUAGCGCAUAUGUCUAAGGUUGUUCUGAUCUUUAUCAAGGUGGCUACAGCUCGGUUGAACACAGGAUAAUUAGCUAUACACUCGUGGAUUUGCAUGCUAUAUAUGAAACACUGUUUAAUCAUUUAGUAUUAUUGUUAUGAUGAAAUAAGAUUGGAUAUGACUGUAAAGGUCUGACAGCAUCGAUCUGGCUUGGUCGUGGUAGCUUUUCUCCUUUCUCCCUUUUGCCAAGCUAGUAGGGAAAAAGAAAUCAUCAUCAUGAUCCAGAUAUGGAACUUCAAAAAGCGAACCAGCUUUAUCAUCAUCGAAAUGCAUUACACAUGUAUAUAGAAUGAUUAAGGAGGUUUGCUGCAGCUACAAAAGUGAUGAGAAAGCUAGCUUUUUUAUGCAAUGAUGCAGCCAAGCUGCAGCUGCAAAGUGCUGAUCAGAAAGCUAGGUAACCAGAAAGGCGCCAUGGUUAUGUUGGAGAGAGAUGAUUGAGAUUGGGUUUUGAUUUGGAACUUGGAGCCCGCUAAGCUUGCUCUGCAUACAUAAUUACGAACGCACCGGUGACUUUCAGCAGGCAGCAGGCUCCUCCAACUCUGUAUAAUGAUGACUACAAGUCUACAACUACGCCUGUCUAAGAGAGUUAGUAACCUUCGGAUAGUAGUGGCGGAGUCAGAAAUCUCAAUGAGGGGAACUACUUUCGCAUUCUGAUAAUUGGGAAGGGAACUUAGACCUUAACAACUAGUCUAUUUCCUGAAAUUGUACAAAUUUUACAUGUAAAUUUGUUGUAUUUCAAAGUUGAAGAGUAUUAUUGCCCCUCCUGAAUAUAACCUAGCUUUGCCAUUGCCUUUGGUUUAUGACACACUACUAUAUAUUGCAUGUUUUCCUAGCUGACACAAAUAUACUUAUGAGCAUAAUAAAAUCUCUAUUAGGAUGUUUAUCUCAAGUACCGAAUGAACUAGGAUGUUUUUU